AUGCCGAUUGCAUUUAGAAAUUGCAACACCGACGACGACGGAUGGACAGAUCUGCUGGGAUGCGGAAGACUAAUGAAAAGAAUCUUAAUAGGAGGUCAACCCGAUACCAAACCGCUGGCACUGCAAUUGUGCACCAUAAACUACUCGAUCAGUUUGGAACCCGAGACUGAACUAAAUAGAGCAAUAGAUCAAACGAUAACGCUGGGCGAUUGCGACAUCCUCCACGGUAUCGACAUUGCCAUCACCUCCAUGAAUCUGCACGAACGAUCUUUGUUCAUAAUCGACCCCGGACUUGCUUACGGUCCCGAAGGAGUUAACGAAAUCGUGCCCAAAAAUGCCACGAUCAUAUGCGUAAUCGAAUUAACCAGGCUGAUGCCGAAACUAAAUCUGGAUAAUUUGCCUUUUUGGAAAUUGAAAAAUAUUUGCGAUAAGAAAAAGAAGCAUGGUAAGUGGUGGAUGCGACGAGGUCAAUACAAUGUCGCCAUACACUGCUAUAGGCGUGCAUUGAGUUACUCACAUAGUUUCGUGGGGAAUUAUUUACAAAAAUACGAAACCAAGAUCUAUUAUCACAUAGCUGACGCUCAGAUGCAACUUCAGUCGUACGAAGAUGCUUUGAUUUCAAUAGAUCUUGCCUUGACCCGGAAGCCACACUACGUUGAAGGUUUGUUGAAAAAGGCGCAGAUUCAGAGACGUAUGGGUGAUUUAAAGGCUGCCUUGAGGUGCUUGGAGAGUGCCAAGGAGUUGGAGCCAGACUUGGAACCAGUACUAAAGGAGUUGAAUGAUGUGAAACGACUGAUCAAGAUAAAAGGAAUCAAAUACAGUGUAAUUGAAAUUUUAAUAGUAGGAACUGCAAUAGUUUUUUAUCAAUUAGGUCUGAUUCCUUUCUUGUGUUAA